AAUGGAAUAUAUGUUAUUUCACAAUACCUAUGUCUAUAUCCCGGGUUAUAUAGCACUUGCUAAAGCAUAGACGCGCGUUGUUUCAGGGAUUAUUGAUGGUUAAUCUAUUUUAGCAGCGAGUGGUAUAUAUCUAGUCAUUAUCAGGAACUAUCAGUUAUCCACUCGAUCUUCGCUGAACCAGGACCUUGGAUUCUAUUUAAACUGCGUAUCGCUGGUACAUUCAGUGCCUUCAUUCUUUUGCAUCAUGUCGACGGAACAACUAGUAAUGUCAGAUAACGAUGAAUCUAUCGCAAGCAGUGUUGCGGAUACGCAAAGCGAUGUCACUAGCGUGGCCUUGAACAAUAUAAGAAUACAACUUAAAUUCCAAGAGCACAUGCCAGCUACCAGCGCGAAGUCAGAUGUAUCUGCAACCAGUUUAUCUCAGGCAACAGCUAACCCGCCAGAGGUACAAAGUAAAUCUACAAGAGCUCCCGAUUUUGAAGAUGCCAUCAAGGGGAAACUAUUAGCACGCCAUGGUAUAUUCGGAGCACAUGAAAUAUAUGAAGACAUGCUUUUUAAUAAACCUGUAAAGGGUGAACGAGUCAGCUCAAAACGUUUGCAAAACCUAGAUGCAAAUGCUCCUAGGGAUUUUAGUGACCUCGGAUCAAUUGACAAGCACUGCAUCAUCAGGUUCCCAAAUGAUGUUGCAGAAACUAUACGUAGCAGGUCAGAAGCUGGGGAAGAUAUGGGUGUUGUUAUUGAACCUACGGGAAGAUAUGACUACCGUGAGUUUAUGGUGAAGGUACGAGGCGUCCCAUUGGAGCUCAUUGGGAUACUGGUCGAGCUGCCGUGCCAUGUAGAGGCACAUAAAACACUGGACUGUGACCUGCUGUUCAAAUCAGCCGACAUAUCGCAAAUAAUGAUCGUCCAGGAAAGAAAACAGGCAGAGAUAACAAUUGAAGAGAUGCGCCAAAGGUUAUGGGAGUGGCCGGAUGGAAUAACACCGCCCACGAAAAACAUUAGGAAACGCAGGUUCAGGAACCUGGAUGUAUAUAACAAUGAAGAGAUUAAGGAAGCGGAGAGAGAGGCGUUAACAUUACUCAAUGGCCUUGUUAGGGACAGCUAUCACUUUGAAAUUAAGAGUGCACAAGAAGUGAAAGAGCUGCUGGAAAAUUUCCGUAAAGGUCUUAUUGAAGAACGUAUCAUAGGACCCGAUGAAGAUGUAGAAACUUAUAUCAACGCACUGCAGCAGUAUGAAGGAAUGAAUGAAGACUCGGAAAUUAUGUUCAAUGGCAAAGGUACUCAAAUGAGAUUUUGAUGCCCAUUGAAUGGCGACACCGCUCAAACACUACGCUGCUACACAAAUAUACAACCAAAUGGAAACAACAUGACAAUGCGAUAAUAUAUUACGUGAUAUUAAAAAGGCGAGUUUCCG